AUAACUUUUUAUGCAAGCAUACAAGACACGGUUGAAUCGUAAAAGUCUAGCCGAUACCGGAAUGUCUUUUUAAAAUCUUUUGACUUCAAACGAAUGAAGCAAAUGAAACUGAAAAUAAGACCAUAUGAACAAAUAGCUUGUACUCAGAGUAUCCUCGUUUCCCGCUUCAGUUUGUGUUCCCUCUCUUGGACCUGCGUGAAAAGCUCCAAAGGCUGAGGGGGCAAUAGCCUCCUUUCACUCUCAGUAAUCAUACUGUAAACAUGUGUUCCUUCAGUCGACUGAGUCAAGAGUAGAACUACUUCCAGUUGCCAUGUGAGUAUCGACAUGGUACGAGAUUUUCGGAAUUAUCUGAAGAGCGACUACUCGUCUCCAUCGGAACUUAAAAUUGUCCGAGAAAUGAGCAUCAGUUGAGAUGUUGAAACAUCCCCAAUUAUCCUUCACCGAAACACAAAAUGUACCUAUACAACGUCCAACAUACAAGAACCGCUUCCUCCUACCCAUGGACAUGAAUUUCACCUGACUGAUAUCGGUAGCACAAGACCGAUGUGUUUGGAGUACAUUGGUGGCGAGUCUGAAAAUGGUCGUUCUCUUGCAGACGAGAAUGAAAAGGAAGAGGAGGAAGAGGAAGAGGGUGAGGCUGGUACCAAACUAGAGACUGAAUGGAGAAGCAGGCAAGCACGACGCCGACUCGUUGGUGGACAAUAUGGAGAAUUCUUGUGGAAGAGACAGACCACAAGAGAAAUCUAGAGCUGCUGACAUGCUUGCUAAAGAUUUUCUUGAACGAAAUAACAUGAGAAAUAUCUGAAUGAAUGUCCAGUGACCAGUGACAUCAAGCUCAAUUAUGGCGCAAAUCCAAGCGAACAAGUCCAAAGCAUACACUGCAAAAAUGAAGUCUUCCAGCCCGGUCAAGAAUACUGGAGCAGAAUGGUGGAUCGUGUUUGGGGCUAUUGUCUUGUUUAAUCUGUGGACCCGUUUGCACAAAGUGGACCAGCCCGAAUGGGUUUGUUGGGAUGAAACCCAUUUCGGGAAGAUGGGAUCAUGGUACAUUAAUCGAACAUUUUUCUUCGAUGUCCAUCCACCCUUGGGCAAGAUGUUCAUCGGAGCCGUGGGAUAUGUCACUGGAUACAAUGGAACAUUUCCAUUCGAGAAACCUGGAGAUCUAUAUCAUGACCAUAACUACCUUGGGAUGCGAGUCGCUUGUACCUUAUUGGGAGCUUGUCUGACGCCUUUUAGCUUUCUAACCGUGUGGGAACUCACUCAGUCCAUCACAGCCUCCGCCUUUGCUGGCGUUUUGGCCUUAUUUGAUGUCGGGAUGCUGAUAUUGAAUCAAUACAUUCUUCUGGACCCCAUUCUGCUGUUUUUCAUCUCAGGAUCUACCUACUCGAUGGUCAAAUUUCGGUCUUACCAUGAACGGCCUUUUAGUGUGGUUUGGUGGACAUGGCUUAUCAUCACUGGAUUCAUGUUGGGCGGAGCUAUUUCUGUGAAAUUUGUGGGACUUUUUGUCAUCCUCCUGGUUGGGUUAAAUACCAUCGAGCAGUUGUGGGAGAUUCUUGGGGACAUGUCUCAACCCAUUUCCAAUGUGAUCAAGCAUUUCCUGGCCCGAGCCGCUUGUUUGAUUGCCCUACCCAUUGCGAUGUACAUUUGCUUGUUCUUCAUUCAUUUACAAGUCCUGUAUAAGUCUGGAAAUGGCGAUGGCCACUUCUCCAGUUCGUUCCAAUCGGCUUUGGUGGGUAAUGUCCUCCAUAAUGCGAGCAUGCCUCGUCAUCUGGUUUUUGGUGCCAUCGUCACCUUGAAAAACCACCGAACUGGAGGAGGAUAUCUCCAUUCCCAUUUCCAUCUGUAUCCCGAGGGCGUGGGAGCUCGUCAGCAACAGGUCACAACCUAUGCCCACAAGGACGAAAACAACAAAUUCAUAGUUAAAAAGUGGAACGACGAGGCCCCCAAGAUUUACUCGGACGAGUACGAGAAAGCGGAGGUGGAUUUCGUGAAACAUGGCGAUCUCAUUCGCCUGGAACAUGUGAUCACGAAAAGAAACAUUCAUUCCCAUGCGGAGCCUGCUCCCAUUUCCAAGAAGCAGUUUCAGGUCACCGGAUAUGGAGACGACGGCAUUGGCGAUGCCAACGAUGUUUGGAAAGUGGAAAUUGUCGGUGGAUCUGAGGGUGACGUGGUGGAAACGGUGACCAGCAAGAUCAAACUGCAUCACUAUUUCAUGAAGUGUGUCCUGACUUGUUCCAAUAAACAAUUGCCUAAAUGGGGAUAUGAGCAACAAGAGAUUAGUUGUAACCCAACCGUCCGUGAUCCCAACGCUUUAUGGAACGUCGAGGAUAACUUCUAUCCUAAGCUACCAAAUGUGAGCUUUCAAAAUUUCGCUCCGGGAUUUGUAUCCCGCUUUCUGGAGUCUCACGCUGUCAUGUUCCAAGGUAACGCCGGACUCAAACCCAAAGAGGGUGAUUACACAUCCAGACCUUGGGAGUGGCCCAUUAACUUCAGGGGCCAAUUCUUCUCCGGCAACGACCACCGGAUCUAUCUUUUGGGGAACCCUGUCAUUUGGUGGGGCAAUAUCAUCUUCUUGGGCCUCUUCACCGCAACUUACAUAUGGAACUCGAUCUUAGCUCAACGAGGUCAUGAGGAUUCUCUCGAGAUCCAGACCCAGAAAAGUCGGACUUUGUACGCCGGAGUGUGGCUCUUCAUUGGCUGGGCUCUUCAUUACGUUCCAUUUUGGGCCAUGGGACGAGUGUUGUACUUUCAUCACUAUUUUCCUGCUUGCCUGUUCUCGUCCAUGCUGACCGCGGUCAUCCUCGAGUAUAUCUUGAACACGAUCCUUCAUUUCAUUCCCGAGAAGUUGGUCAAAGUCGUGUACCACACCUUUAUUGGCAUCUUUGUUGGAACAUUGUGGUAUAGCUUUCAUUUGUUUUCGCCAUUAGCAUAUGGAAUGGAGGCCACUCCAGGCCAUAUGACUAAUUCUAGUGUCCAUCACCUUAAAUGGAUCGCCUCUUGGGAAUUCUAGAUGUGUUCCAAAACUUGUUGAUAUUUCAAAAAUGAUAUUAGACAUCAUUUUAUUCUUUUGUGAAAUAUAACGAUCUUAUUUCGCCCAA